CUUUCGAAAACGUCAAUCAGCUACCAUAGAACAUGUCUCGUCUUGCUCUAGAUCGGAUCGCCUUGGCCCGAUUGACCCAAAUUCGUGCGCCACGAGCUGCGAACGGCAUUCGCAAUAUGUCCAGUAUCGCAAGGACCAAGUCGCUUGACCAUUUGGUCCUGACUGUCAAGGAUCUCGAGGCCACCGUCAAGUUCUAUGAGUGCGUUCUAGGAAUGAAGCACACGUCGUUUACAUCCGGUGGUCAAGAGCGGCACGCGCUGGUCUUCGGCCAGCAAAAAAUUAACCUCCACAUCAGUGGCAAAGAAUUUGAGCCGAAAGCUCAAAUUGUCCAGCCGGGUUCUGGGGAUCUAUGUUUCCUGGUCGAAGACAACGUGGACGAGGUUGCACGGAAACUGCACGAGAAUAAGAUCGAGGUUUUGGAGGGUGGUGGGGUCGUCAACCGUACUGGGGCAAGAUCGAAGCUUAGGAGCGUCUACGUUCGUGACCCGGAUGGAAACCUGGUAGAGCUUUCCAACGAAACGACUUAAGGCAGAACUACAGGCUCGACUCGCGUCUUUCGACUUUUAAUGGUUUCGUCCGAUGUGCUCUACAAAGCUAUUCGUGUAAGCUUCGGCGAUUGUACUCGAGUCCACAGCCCAAUCCAUUAAUGCAACCAGAUGUAAAAGAAAAUCUGGAAAAAAAAACAUACAACACCGGGGAUUCCCCAGUGGUCACCCACCUGAGUACUAAUCCAGCGCUUCCCAGUUUAUC